AUGAAGCGAUAUUGGAUCGACGAGGCUAAGAGGACGUUCAAACGAGUGGACACUUUGCCCAUCAUCAUUCUUGGUUUAAAGAGAGACCUCAGGUCUGAGAACGACCCCAAUGGCAUUAUUUAUCCGCAGGAAGCGUAUCAGCUGGCACAAACCAUGAGGGCAGAUCGAUAUGUCGAAUGCUCGGCUGCGACGGGGGAGCUCCUCAAGCCUGCCUUUGAGGAUAUCUGCAAGACAGCCACCAAGACUACCACUGCAGCUGGGGGGCAGAGCGAGGGGGGCUGUAUAGUAAUGUGA